AUGUUGUUUUGGUUUCCAGCUUUCAUCUCAUCAACUUGGUGGAACUUUAAUAUUGCUGGAUUUCAACUAAAACUUAGAAAUAUUCGCAACAAGCCAAUAUUUCUCUUACUUUAUAACAAAUACUGCCCUUAUUGUCAAGGUUUGCCUGAAGGAAUAAAAGCUUAUUCCCAAGGAUUAGGAAAUAGAGAUGAUAUUUACAUCUCAAUGAUUGAUUGCUAUUCAGAAUUAUCAUGUAGUUUCUUCAAAAUCAGCGGAACACCAACUUUAUAUUUAAUAAAUGGUCCUGAUGAACAAUACUGGCCAAAAUCACCUGAAAGAGGACCAGAAGGUUGGGAUAGAUGGAUUAAUCAGACGUUAAAUUACUCCUUCACAGAAAUCACUUCGAAAUCUCAACUUGAAGAAACUUUAGAUAACUAUACAGACGGAGGUUCCGUUUUCCAUCUAGAAGUUCCUUCUGAAAAUCAUAUAUACUAUAAAAAAGUUCGCGAAUUAACAAAAUAUUAUAAAAAUUUCCAAGACGUUUUCCUUUUUCAGAUCAAUUCGUCAAUUAAAGAUCCGAAAUUAACAGCUUAUACAUCAAAAUAUUGCCAAAACACAUUUUCCGGCUUUUCAUUUCGACUUGAGUCAUUUAUUAACAAAUACAAAUUCGGUGUUCUUCAUCCCUACUCUCCAUAUGAGCUAAUUCAUUCAAUUCAGCAAAAUCCUGGAGCAAUUUUAUUUAAUCACGGACAAAUUGUAGAUUCUCAGCGAGAGGCACUCAAAACCAUAUCAAAAGGCAAUUGCAAACUUAAUUAUGGAUACGUAGAUGCUUCAGAAGAUACAGAUUCCUUAAAAUACGUUAAAGCAGCCCCUUCAGAAAUGCCAUUCCUUGCUGGCAUUGGUCGUCUUUCUGGAGCAAAGCUUAUCUAUAAAGGUAAAGUUGCUGACGCUUGGAAUUCCGGAUUUUUAAAUAAAACUGUUAAAUAUGCUUCUGGAAACAUUCUGAAGUCAUUAAUAGCCCAAGCUGAAUUCAUUCAUCUUAUUAUUGGUUUGCUGAUUAUUCUUAUUGUUCUUUUAUCGAUUCUAAUUUAUAUGAUUAUCGAGAUUUGCAGAUUGAACAGAAUGAGCAAAGACAUGCAAAAAAUAGAAACUGUAUAA